UCAAGGCGGGAGGGAGUGGAGCUGGUUGGCCACUGGUCCUCUCCGGCUGCUGCCAGGCUGACAAUCCUGAUGGGGGAGGGGGCCGCCAAGAGGUUGCCUGGGACAAAGGCCCUGGGCUCUUUGUCUGAGGCUCAGUGGGGCCCAAGGCUGGCCCGAGCUGUAAACACACUCCUCCGCCAGGCGAGUCCUGCUAUUCUGCCCGGAGACCCCAGGCCGGCGCGGCAGCCGGAGCCCCUCAUAGUCUCAGCGCUGUCUGUGUGGAUCAGCAGCAAGGACGUCUAGAACCUGCACUUCCCAAGUCUGACUGACCCAGAGCGGGGUUUCUUCCUCCUGCCCACCACAAGCCCUGCAGGAGCAAAAGCCGAAAGUCUGAAUGAAUGCAUGGUCGGCCUUGGAGUCCCUGGACCCCCGCACCCUACAGCUGCUCUGGGGGCAGAGGGAGUUGGAGAUCCAGGCCCUGCGGUGGGCCAUCCAGAAUCAGCGUGAAGCCCGGCACUGCCGUAUCCUGCAGGAGGUGGCUGGGCUUCCGGCCGAGAGGAGCUCGAGAAGUCAGGAUAAGUUCCUGCAAAACCAGGUCCAAAAGCUGACUUUGGAGUUGAAAGUGCAGAAGGAAAAGGCCCAACUGGAGAAGGAGCGCCUGGAGGAGCGGCUGCAGCAGACAGGGGACGCGCUGCAGCAGCUGGAGGCCGAGCUGCAGGCCUUCCGGAAGUCCUGCCUCCUGCAGCUGGCCCGCUCCUCCUGGGUGGGCCGCAUGCUGCGGUCUUCCACGGGCAGCGUGGAGGUGGUGACGGCAGAGACCCUGAUGGACCUCAGUGACUUCUCUGAGAACGAUCAGGCCCCCACUGCUGGGGAGGGUUUCCGGCUGGAGGAUGUGGACUGGAACAGCAUUGCCCACCGGUACCCUAACCUCUUCACCAACCUCGAGUCCAACUCAGAUCAAAAGCACCCCCGGACCCCGCAGCUCCCAACAGCCUCACCGCCUGACCAGUGGAGCUCAGAGCUGUGCUGUAGGCACCAGGAGCACAAUCUCAAGAGUGUCGAGUGGAGCUCCCUGCCCUUGGUGGGCACCAGCAGCUCCGGGGGCGCUGACUCCGAGUCCAGCAACAGCCAGCUGGUGGCGCAUAAUCGUGUGCAUAAAGUGACAGGGGCCCGUCCCCCAGUGCCUGGCCGCACUGCCAAGCAGGUGGAGGCACGGGCACAGAGCCUCUGCAGGGACAGUCAGGCAACAUUCGAAGGUGGAGCGGGGCGGGUCUCCCCUGGUUUCUUCCCCCUCCCACACCUGCAGGACUAUGAUCUCUGCCCCAAGCCCCGAAGUACUGUGCAGCACUCCUCUGCUUCCCCAGGUGCUGGGGCUCACUGUCCCUCCUGCUCAGAUCUGACCCUUGCUGCUGCUCCUCCCCCACAUGGACCUCCAGGGUACUGCGGGCCGGGUCCGGCCUCACAGGAGAUGUCCUCGGUGGACCCUGGACCCUCCAAAUUGGGGUCCCCCUCCCAGGCAGUCUGCCUCUCCCUGCAUCUCCAGAAAACCCGCUCAGACAAGCAGGGCAAGAAUGGCCAGAAGCCUGAGUCUGGGGUGGAUUCCCAUCUCUGGCCUUCCGGGCGCUGUCCAAGCCCCAGCCCCUCGAGCUCCUGCCUGAAGAUCGUGGCGGUUAGCCGCCGCCAGAGGUUCGUGCGCAUCCUCAACCAGUCGCUGGAGGAGACGGUGGACCUGGGCGGCUUCGUGCUGCAGCAGCUGGUGCUCGACUUCCCUGUGUGCAUGUACCGCUUCCCACCCAGCACCCUGCUGGCUCCGCGGCACCACAUCACGGUGUGGGGCGAGGGGCCCUGCAGCACCAGGCGGCAGCAGCCCUCUUCCUCGGGCCAGGAGCCCGUCCACUUCCACUCCAGCCGAGGCUGUGCGACCCUCCUCCUGAACCCCCAAGGCGAGGUCCUCAGCGAGCACCAGUCCCCACACUGCGUGACCCCAGUGUCCAGGAUCUUCGCAGACAACACCGACUUGUCCAUCGACAGUUUCCCGCUCUCAGAGGCCCGGCCCGGAGCUGACCUUGCGGAGCAUCAGCCCCAGCCUCGACCCCCGCGCAAGGGUCGGGUGCGGGAGGCCCGGGCUGGGCGCCGGAGGCCGGGGCCGCGGGUCCGGUUGCCCCGCCUGAGUACCACCAAGCUCCUCCGCCAGCGGGAGGCGCCAGUAUGGCCCGAGGACGCGGCCCAGACCCACCCAGAGCUCUUGCCCGCCAUCCCCAUCCCCGAGGUCGGGGUGGGCCUCCAGGACUGCCAGGGUAGGAAGGAGCACAAAGUCCGGGUGUGCCGGAAGAGGGUGGACCGCGGCUGUCCCAUGGUGACGCUGUCGGUGCAGAGCACGGCCGAGAGGAGGUUCGGCUUCCGCUUCCUCAGCUGCCCGCCCAUCACCGCGGACACUAGCUGGCCGCUGUAGGGCCGGGCCGGGCGGCGGUACCGACGGCUGCGCCCCCGCGUAUCCACGACUGUGGCGGUGGGGCAGGGAGAAAGCACGGGAGGCAGACGGCGCUGG